CCAAAACAUUACGUCGUCUUUCUUUCUCACGCCUGAACUAAAACGAACCCUAGGACCACGACGGAAGUGAACCUGAACGGCGACGUAGCCACGUAGGAGACAAUUCCUCCGGCGGAUUUCCGCUCUGCCUAGAAUCGCCAAUUUAUCCUGGGAAAUGGAGGACAGAGAGAGUGAGAGGGAAAUAGAAGUUCGAAGCUUGACGGGCGAAUCAAUUGCUGUCUCAAUUUCUCCAUACAAGACCAUUCAAGACCUGAAGCUUCUAUUGACCCAAACUUUCCCUCCCGCUUCUGCUUCCCUCAAUUUCCAUCUAUAUCUGAAGGGUGUGAAAUUGAGUUUACAGAGUGAGAUAAACAGUCACCUGCCUGGUGCCGGAGAAUUCUUAGUUCUUGUUCCUUUUAAAAAAAAAAAUCAGCAACAAACCCAGAAGCAAUCUGUAACACCCUCAACUGUCUCCAAUCAAGCCUCAAGCUCAAAAUUAGCUGAUUCGGCAUGGUCCGAUUUGAUGCAGGACCUAUCGUCUCUACGUGCAAUUUCUGGCGAUGAAAAUCAAGCUAACAUUCAUUCAGACGCUGUUAAUCUUGAAGAUAGAAGUGCAGUGCAUGCAAGAACAUCUGUUAUAGAUUCUACAGAGACAAAAUGUAAGAGAGUGUCCAAUGGAAACAAACAAGAAGAACUCUUGGAUGAUCUUGUAUUAGGCAUAUUGCAAUCCUCAAGUAAAAAUCUACUUGACGAACAGAACCGUGAUAGAUUAAUUCAGGUGUUGGGGUUGCUAAAUUGUUUUUCUGAUCCAGCUUCUGGGAAUUGUUUGUUAAAGGAAGCUGAUAUACAUGGAAGUGAAGCAGAGCUCUCUGCAGACAAGAGUGGCCUGUGUCUGUGUCCAUCAUGGUUGAAGAGAAUAUUGAAGGCAUUUGCUUUCUUAAACAUUUAUUAUGCGUUUAUUCAACUCCAGCAGCUAAAAAUCACCUUGACUGCUUUGAGAGGGGCACUGGACCUGUUUUUUAAAUUUGGACUUCAAGUUGGAAUUGCAGACCUUGAGCAUCUUUCUGUACUUUGUCCUAAGGUUGUAUGUUUUGUUGACAAUGAAGCAGAGGGUAAAAAACCACGUGAUGCCCUUGUCAUCAUUAAAUGUGCAAUGGAACAGACAGAUCACGUUGAAAGUAAAACCAAUGCUGCUCAAAAGCGUAUGCCUAUAUCGAAGAUUGUCAGUGCAAUGAAGAGAAGGAAAAGUUCAUUCAUAACAAAUCUGUGGGGAGCUGUCAAAUCAUUAAUGGAAGUUGGUACUACUGCAAGUAGACAUGAAGCAAAACGCACAAGGAAAAGCUGUUCUGCAACUUCAAGUGCUCAUUCAUUUGAAGCUCGAUGUCAUGACACAAAUCCAUUGGUACCUGUGGAAAUGGUUGAACAUCUGAAAAGAGGCAUUGGAUGUCGAGGACAGAUUGUACAUAUUGAAGAGAUUAACGCAAGAAAGGCCACCUAUGUUUCAAUUCCAAGUGAACUUUCAGAAAAUGCAAAAUCCGCACUUAAAUGUCUUGGAGUUACUAGGUUGUAUAGCCACCAGGCAGAGUCAAUUCAAGCUUCUCUUGCUGGUAAGAAUGUAGUAGUGGCAACCAUGACAUCCAGUGGGAAAUCUCUUUGCUUCAAUCUCCCCGUUCUUGAAGUAUUGUACCAAAACGUAUUGGCGUGUGCCCUGUACCUGUUUCCAACAAAGGCUUUAGCUCAAGAUCAACUAAGAGCUUUGCUUUCUAUGACGAAAGGGUUUGAUGCUAGCUUACCUAUUGGUGUAUAUGAUGGGGACACUUCUCAGGAGGAUAGGAUUUGGUUGCGUGAUAAUUCUAGACUGUUGAUUACAAAUCCAGAUAUGUUGCACGUGUCAAUCUUGCCAUUCCAUGGACAGUUUAGGCGACUUUUAUCAAAUCUUAGGUUUGUCAUCAUUGAUGAAGCUCAUGCUUAUAAGGGAGCAUUUGGAUGUCAUACUGCUCUUAUCUUAAGGAGACUUCGCCGGCUUUGUUCUCAUGUAUAUGGCAGUGAUCCUUCUUUUGUAUUUUGUACUGCAACUUCUGCUAAUCCCCGUGAGCAUGCUAUGGAACUUGCAAAUUUACCUACAACGGAGUUGAUUCAGAAUGAUGGUAGCCCUUCUGGUCCAAAGCUUUUUCUACUCUGGAAUCCCCCUUUAUGCCUGAAAACUGAACUUGCAAAUUUACCUACAACGGAGUUGAUUCAGAAUGAUGGUAGCCCUUCUGGUCCAAAGCUUUUUCUACUCUGGAAUCCCCCUUUAUGCCUGAAAACUGUUUCAAAGAGAACUAGGAACAGCACAGAUGCCAACAAAUCUGCUAAUAAAAGUGUUGUUGUUGGGCGUUUAAGUCCAAUUUUGGAGGUUUCAUUUCUCUUUGCAGAAAUCGUUCAGCAUGGACUUCGUUGCAUUGCAUUUUGCAAAACACGUAACCUUUGUGAGCUUGUUUUAAUCUAUACGUAUACGGUGUACUCUGAUUCUGUAUCUGUAAUUGUGACAAGGCGUGAGAUUCUUCAGGAGACAGCACCCCAUCUGGUUGACUCUAUAUGUGCAUACCGUGCUGGCUAUAUUGCUCGGGAUAGGAGAAGAAUUGAGGGUGACUUUUUUGGUGGGAAUCUUUGCGGUAUUGCUGCUACCAAUGCCCUUGAGCUGGGCAUUGAUGUUGGACACAUUGAUGUGACCCUGCAUCUAGGCUUCCCUGGUACUAUAGCUAGUCUAUGGCAGCAAGCUGGACGGUCUGGGAGAAGGGGAAAGCCAUCUCUUGCAGUGUAUGUAGCAUUUGAAGGGCCUCUUGAUCAGUAUUUUAUGAAAUUCCCGAAGAAACUCUUCAGGAGCCCAAUUGAGCGUUGUCACCUUGAUGCCAAAAACCAGCAGGUACUUGAACAGCACUUGGUCUGUGCUGCUCUUGAACAUCCACUGAGUUUGCUUCAUGAUGAAAAGUUCUUCGGUUCUGGCUUAAAGAAUGCCAUAAUGGCUCUUAAAAAUAGUGGAUACCUGAGUACUGACCCAUCACGUCCCUCUUCUGAUAGUAUAUGGAGCUACAUUGGGCACGAGAAAAUGCCUUCACAUGGUGUCAAUAUUCGGGCAAUAGAGACAGAGAGAUACAAAGUAAUUGACAAGCAAAAGAAUGAAGUCCUCGAAGAAAUUGAGGAAAGCAGGGCUUUCUUUCAGGUGAUGAAGAAUGCACCGGUGUGUGGUUCGUCGGCGUGUGGUGUUCGUCAUUGA